GUUUCCUAUUCUUCCUUCAGACUCACUAAUAAAAAAGUACUCCGGUGAAACAAAGGCGACAAAACCCUAAAACAAAAAAAAUGCCGAAACCAAAACGUUUAGUGUGGAGAAUCAAGCAGAGAAACCAGAAGGCCACGUCAUCAUCAUCAUCAUCCGUUCCACCACCGCCGCCGCCGCCACCGCCAUGGGUUGAGCUCCCUCGGGAAAUAACAGCGGACAUCCUUCGCCGUGUAGGAACGGUAGAGAUAUUGCUAAAUGCACAGAGAGUGUGCAGUACAUGGUGGAAAGUGUGCCAUGACCCUACCAUGUGGCGAGUCAUUGAUAUGAGCAGUGAUAAAGAUUGUGACAGGGAUGAUGAUGACUUGACUAAGAUGUGCCAAAUCGCUGUGGAUCGUAGCCAGGGUCAAUUGCUUGAAAUUAAAAUCAAGGAUUUUGGUGAUGAUAAGUUGCUCGACUAUAUCUCCCAAAGAUCAAGUCAGCUUAGGCAUAUACGACUUGUCUGCUGUGAAUAUAUUUCAGAUCAAGGUUUGGCUGCAGUUGCUAAGAACUUCCCAUUGUUGGAGGAGUUGCACAUUUACUUAUCUGUUAUUAGUACAGUGGGUAUAGAAGCUCUCGGUCGUUCUUGCUCUCAGCUUAAGUCAUUCACAUUGAACGACUGUGGAUUUAGAGGAUUUAGAAGAGACAGAAUGAGAAAUUUACAGAUCAAUGUCAAUGAUCAAGCUCUGGCUAUUGCAGCAAAUAUGCCUGAAUUGCGACGCCUUGCACUUUUUGGGAAUAACAUGACAAAUGAAGGUCUGUGUGCCAUUCUGGAUGGCUGCCCGCGGCUUGAAUCCCUUGACUUGCGCCACUGCUAUAGUAUUGAUCUUAAAGGGGAUUUAGGAACGAGAUGUCGCCAACAAAUUAUAGAUAUGAAAUGCCCUUAUGAUUCCACUCAUGAUUAUGAAUUUAUUAAUCGCAUUUAUGAUUAUGGCUCUUCCGAUGAUGAGUACCCGUCUGGGUUGUCCGAAGCUGGUGUCUCAGACUAUUUCUAUGAUUAUGACUUUGAUGACUUUGAUUACGACGACUUCACUAACUCAUUUAGCAGUGACUAUCUUCUUGAUGAGGAUGGUUUCUUUUGGUGAGAUCGUUUGCUACCUUACAGUUGUUAAUGCAGGUUCUUGGUUGCUGGGUGAACUGCCAUUCGUCCCUUAUUUUGCUGUUCUCAUAGAAGUGGAGUGUUCUGGGUUUGCUCAUUGCCGGCGGAAGAUCGUAAUCACAGUGUUACUAGGGCAGACCUUAAUCCUCUUCCGUUAGCACUUCCUGCUCUUGUAACUUCCUGUAACUUAUGUGUUUUCUGCCCUUCUGCUUCGGUUCAUAACCCCUUCACUUUAUUCAAAUUUGGUAAAUUUGGCAAGUUUCUUACUGAAGGUGAUUUGAACGUAUAUAAAAAGCCUCUUCAAACUA